AUGAGUGGCAAAGUGAUCUAUUCGACAAGAAGUUGGUUAGGAAAGAGAUCUGAUAUUGUUCUAGAACAAGAUAUGGGUCCAAUAGUGUCUAUUCAGCUUAUAGACGAUCUCGUACUUUGGAUGAAUGACAAAGGUGUAACCGUAUGCCACUUAGCAAAUCGCCAGAUCAUCUGUGUUAUCGAUAAACCAGAAGAUUCUCCUCGAAGUGACCUUUACUGGCCCAGAGUUGCCUUUCCAGAGAUUGAUAGAAUCAUAAUAGGCUGGGGUAAUUACAUAUGGUCGUUAAGGGUAUCGUUAAAAACAGAAGAAGACGGCACUAUAGCUUCAUCGUCUAUGAGUAAGAUCUUACCUUCGACAGCUAGCAUAUCCUUUAGAGCAGUGCAAGAAAAAAAAGUUGAAAUUGAGCAUAUCUUCAAGCUAGAUGUGCUCAUCAGUGGAAUUUCUAGUUUUAAAGAUGACCUUUGGAUGGUUCUCACCUAUGAGCCUCCUACUACUGAUGAGGAAACAGGAAAGAGAGAAUAUCCAAAUCCAGAUAUAAAAUUGAUCAACUCUACUAAUGGAGAAGUUGAGUAUGAAGAAGAGUUGGGUUUAAAGAAUAUUGCUGGACUUGGAUUGAACGACUUUUUACUAGGUAUGCAUAUCGAAACUGUUCCCAAGUACUUUAUAAUUUGUGCGAGAGAUGGAGUCAUAGCAGAAGAACUACAAUUGAGUGACAGAUUGGCAUGGUUUUUGGAAAGGGAGAAGUACUACGAAGCCUGGGAAAUAAGUGAACAUCUAGAAUCGCCUUCAAGACGUAUGAAUUUUGGAAUUCAGUAUGUAGACAACUUAAUCAAAGCCAACAACUGGCAACAGGCCCAAGAAUUCUUGAAUAAGUUGUUGUAUAUUGAUCUCAGCGAUUUACAUGAACUCGAUUCCAAGAGUAUAGAUGCUAUCGAAAAUGGUGUUGAGAAGGUCCACGAUAAAUACGUCAAAGAAAUCAUAGAGCAAUGGAUUACGUGGUCCAACAUAUUCAUAGAAACUGGUCAUAUCAGAGAAUUGACAGAAAUAAUUCCAACAACGGCAGCUCUCAAUAUCCCAACAGAGAUAUAUCAACGUAUUCUUGAGUUCUGGGUUAUCGAAGACGUCACAAAAUUUCAUGAGCUAAUUGAGAAAUGGGAUAUGGAACUUUACAAUUUCAAGAACCUACAAUCGAAGUUAGAAGAAUUGCUUGAACAGCAGUCCGACAACGAGACAUUAAGACGAAGUCUAGUUGACCUAUGCAUAAAGACAGACGAUAAUAUCAGAGCUGUACCACAUUUGAUAAUCUUGAAAGAUGCCAACAUUAUCAAGUUUGUUUCCGAAAACCAAAUACUAUCCAAUUUCAUUGAAAAUGUACCACAAAUGAUUCAAAUAAGGUUUGAUGGUGCUGAAUUGAACACAUUACCAAUCAAUGUACUUGAAAAGAGGUUGGCCGACGUAGUGGAUAUAUUUGUGGAGCAGCGACACGAUUUCCCGCCCCACGAGCUAAUCCAUUUGUUUAAAGAGCACCAUAUGGAUUUCAUGAACUAUUUCUAUUUGGAGAAAUUGAACCAGGUCGACGAAUUUGCGACGCUGCAAUUCGGUAAUGAGAGAAUCAAAUAUUAUGCACAAUACAAUAGAAGUCUAUUGCUUCCAUUCUUGACCAAGCAUAGUGGAUAUGAUAUUGCCAGGGCCAUCGAACUAUGUGAAAGUAAUGAUUUUACGGAGGAAUUGGUUUACCUACUUGGAAAAAUUGGCGAAAACAGAAAGGCUUUGAUGUUGAUCAUCAACAAACUAGAAGAUCCAAUAAAAGCUAUAGCGUUUGCGAAGAAUCAGAACGACAGAGAAGCGUGGAAUAUCUUGCUUGACUAUUCAAUGGAAAAGCCGGUAUUUAUAAAAGCACUUAUAGAG